ACACAAGGACAGGGAAACAUGUGGAUUUGAAGCUGCAGGAAGAGUGGCGUGCCUCCACACCAGCUCCCCCAGCUGCUUCUCCACAUUCUCCCCAACCCCCGAAGCCAGCACAUCUCAUAAAGGAGGGCCGACCGUAAGGAAUUUUAAUUCCCAGCAAUUUUCACCUCCAACAAAGCCCAGUCACCAUGGAUGCAAGCGAAUUCCGAAGGAGAGGGAAAGAAAUGGUGGAUUACGUGGCUGACUACAUGGAAGGCAUCGAGGGACGCCAGGUCUACCCCGAUGUGGAGCCUGGCUACCUUCGCCCCCUAAUCCCCACCACCGCCCCCCAGGAGCCAGACACAUUUGAGGACAUCAUUAAUGAUGUCGAGAAGAUAAUCAUGCCAGGGGUAACCCAUUGGCACAGCCCCUACUUCUUUGCCUACUUCCCCACAGCCAGCUCGUAUCCAUCCAUGCUCGCGGACAUGCUGUGCGGGGCCAUCGGCUGCAUUGGCUUCUCCUGGGCUGCGAGCCCGGCGUGCACAGAGCUGGAGACUGUGAUGAUGGACUGGCUUGGGAAGAUGCUUCAGCUGCCAGAGGCAUUUUUGGCUGGGAACGCUGGAGAAGGAGGUGGAGUGAUCCAGGGAAGUGCCAGUGAAGCCACUCUGGUGGCCCUGCUGGCCGCUCGGACCAAAGUGACGCGCCGCCUGCAGGCCGCCUCCCCGGGGCUGACACAAGCCGCUAUCAUGGAGAAGCUGGUGGCCUACUCCUCCGAUCAGGCACACUCCUCGGUGGAAAGAGCAGGACUAAUUGGUGGAGUGAAAUUGAAAGCCAUCCCUUCAGAUGGCAAGUUUGCCAUGCGUGCUUCUGCCCUGCAGGAGGCCCUGGAGAGAGACAAGGCAGCUGGCCUGAUUCCUUUCUUUGUGGUGGCUACACUGGGGACCACAUCUUGCUGCUCGUUUGAUAAUCUCUUAGAAGUGGGUCCUAUCUGUAUCAAGGAGGACGUGUGGCUGCACAUUGAUGCUGCCUAUGCAGGCAGCGCCUUCAUCUGCCCUGAAUUCCGGCCUCUUCUCAAUGGUGUAGAGUUUGCGGAUUCAUUUAACUUUAAUCCUCACAAAUGGCUUUUGGUGAAUUUUGACUGCUCUGCCAUGUGGGUGAAAAAGAGAACAGACCUAACAGGAGCCUUUAAACUGGACCCUGUCUACCUGAAGCACAGCCACCAGGAUUCAGGGCUUAUCACUGACUACAGGCACUGGCAGUUACCACUGGGUCGAAGAUUCCGCUCUUUGAAGAUGUGGUUUGUUUUUAGGAUGUAUGGAAUCAAGGGACUGCAAGCCUAUAUCCGCAAGCACGUCCAGCUGUCUCACGAGUUUGAGUCUUUGGUGCAGCAGGAUCCCCGCUUUGAAAUCUGUGCAGAAGUCACUCUGGGGCUGGUCUGUUUUCGGCUAAAGGGUUCCAACAAACUGACCAAAGCUCUUCUGGAAAGAAUAAACAAUGCCAAAAAGAUCCACUUGGUUCCCUGUCACCUCAGAGACAAGUUCGUGCUGCGUUUUGCCAUCUGCUCUCGCACGGUGGAAUCUGCCCACGUGCAGCUGGCCUGGGAGCACAUCAGAGGGCUGGCAACCGAACUGCUGAAAGCAGAGAAGGAAUAAAAGGUGGGCCGGCUGCAGAGAUCAAAAGUUGAAAAAAGAAUCUCUGAAAACUGGAAUGAGAGGAAAAUAUACGUCAUCCCGGCUCCAUGGAACCAAGCCUACAUGUGGCCUCAUGUUUCUUAUCCAAGUUAUCCAGAAGCUUGUGAUUACAUCUGCUCAGUCUCUCAUCAAUGAAGAAAUAUUAUUUGCUAUAUGAAAAGUUCAUCUCAGUGGACGUAGCUUUUAUUCAUUAUUUGGCUGUGUUUUUGUGCUCUUGAAGUGGUCAGUGGUGGGAAAGGCUUAUUGAAAUAUUUUCCAGGGCAAUCUCUGGUUAUGGAACUUGAGAUUACACUUGUAGUCUUUCAAUUGUUCCAUCAUGUGGCUCGAUGCUUAAUAAACAAUUUGAAGUGCAA